AUGGCGAGCCUCAAGAGAUCACGCGAGGUCGAUCCAAUCGCCUCCAACAUUUCAAGCAAGGUCUAUGUUCGCUCCACCCGCAGCGGCAAGGUCCAGAAAAUUGUGAGGGAAGUCUACCUCCGAACCGACAUCCCGUGCUCGUCAAGAAUCUGCAGAGCUUGCCUCGAGAGCGCCCCCAAAAAUGCUGCUGGUCAAGUCCAGCCCUUUGUCCUCUCGGACAAGCCUGCCGGAACCAAGGCCUUCCCGCAGGGGCAUUACCUGAUGCCAGAUACCAACGCCCUACUCAACGCCAUGGAUCUCUUUGAGCAGAGUUCCUCCUUCUACGAUGUCAUCAUUCUCCAGACCGUUCUCGAAGAGCUGCGGAACCGCUCGCUGCCCCUGUACAACCGGCUCGCCGGUCUUACCAAGAGUGAGGACAAACGAUUUCACGUCUUCUUCAACGAUUUUCGACUAGAGACCUAUGUCCAUCGCGAGUCCAACGAGAGCAUCAAUGACCGGAAUGAUCGUGCCGUCCGUCUUGCCGUCCAGUGGUACGGCGACCACCUGGCCCAGACCAGGGCUGCCAAGGUGCCGGCCAUCGUCAUGCUCAGCGAUGACCAGGAUAAUUUGCGCAAAGCCCGCGCCCAAGGUCUCCAUGCCUCCACCCUCAAGGACUACGUGAGCAGCCUCGACGACGCUGACAAGCUGCUCGACAUGGUCGCCGACUCCCAGAGCCAGGGGGGCUUCAGGAAGCCGUCCCAGUUGCUCUACCCCGAGUACUACACCAUGUCGCGGAUGAUGACUGGCGUCAAGUCGAGCCUGAUGCACCAGGGAAUAUUCAACGUAUCUCCCUACAACUACUUGGAAGGCUCCAUCAAGGUCCCGGCCUUCCCCAAACCCUUGCUUGUCCUUGGCCGGGAGAGCAUCAACCGGGCCGUGGAUGGAGACGUCGUCGUCGUCGAGCUGCUGCCGCAGGAUAAGUGGAAGAUGCCCUCGACCAAAAUUAUCGAAGAAGAAUCCAUCACGCGCGACGAGGACGCGGAUGCCGAGGAGCGCCAGGACUUUGUCUCGGAUAAGGAGCGGAAGGCGCUGCAGGAAGAGGUCAGAAGGACCCAAAAGUCAUCUUCGGCUCAACUCCAACCGACGGCCAGGGUGGUGGGAGUCAUCAAGCGCAACUGGCGCCAGUACGUCGGCCAUAUCGAUCCAUCCUCCGCCAGCAAAGCCUCCACACAAGGUCGAAGGCAGGACAGCGUUUUCCUUAUUCCUAUGGAUAAGAGGAUUCCCAAGAUCCGUCUCCGCACCCGCCAAGUAUCGGAACUUCUAGGAAAGAGGCUUCUCGUCACCAUCGAUGCGUGGGACAGAGACUCGAGACAUCCGGUCGGUCACUUUGUACGAUCGUUGGGAGAGCUCGAGACGAAGGCUGCCGAGACGGAGGCCUUGCUCCUGGAAUGGGACGUCCAGUAUCGACCAUUUCCCAAGACCGUCCUCGACUGCCUUCCCAAGGAGGGCCACGACUGGAAAGUUCCCUCGAGCACCGACGACCCAGGCUGGCGAGACAGAGAGGACUUGCGCCAUCUUCUCAUCUGCAGCAUCGACCCGCCAGGCUGUCAGGACAUCGAUGACGCUCUCCACGCGCGGAAACUUCCCAACGGCAACUUCGAGGUCGGCGUUCACAUCGCCGACGUCUCGCACUUUGUGAAACCGGCCAACGCAAUGGACUCGGAGGCGAGCAUUCGCGGCACGACGGUCUACCUAGUCGACAAGCGUAUCGACAUGCUGCCGCCUCUCCUCGGCACCGACCUCUGCUCGCUGAAGCCAUAUGUCGAGCGUUACGCCUUCUCUGUCAUCUGGGAAGUCGACGAAAAUGCCGACAUUGUCAACAUCCGCUUCACCAAGUCCGUCAUCAAAUCUCGCGAGGCGUUCGCCUACGAACAGGCCCAGCUCCGCAUCGACGACGAGUCGCAACAGGACGACCUCACCAACGGGAUGCGCAUGCUGCUCAUGCUGUCGAGGAAGCUGAAGCAGAAGCGAAUGGACGCCGGUGCGCUGAGCCUGUCUUCGCCGGAGGUCAAGGUCCAGAUGGAAUCCGAGUCGUCGGAUCCCGUCGACGUCAAGACGAAAAAGCUCCUCGACACCAACUCCCUAGUCGAGGAGUUCAUGCUGUUCGCCAACGUCAGCGUCGCCGCCAAGAUCUACGAAGCGUUCCCCCAGACGGCCAUUCUGCGUCGCCAUGCCGCACCGCCAAAGACCAACUUCGACGAGCUGUCGAACCAGCUGCGGGUGAAGAAGGGCCUCGAGCUGCGCACCGACUCGAGCAAGGCGCUCGCCGACUCGCUCGACGAAUGCGUCGAGCCCAAGGAACCCUUCUUCAACACGCUGGUGCGCAUCAUGGCAACGCGAUGCAUGAUGAGCGCCGAGUACUUCUGCUCGGGCACCCAGGCGUACCCCGAGUUUCGCCAUUACGGUCUCGCCUCGGAGAUAUACACCCACUUCACGUCUCCCAUCCGCCGCUACGCCGAUCUGCUUGCCCACCGUCAGCUCGCCGCGGCCAUCGGCUACGAAGCGAUCCACCCCUCUGUCCGCAGUCGCGGCCGUCUCGAGGCUGUGUGCAAGAAUAUCAACGUGCGCCACCGCAACGCCCAGAUGGCCGGUCGUGCCAGCAUCGCCUACUACGUCGGCCAGGCCCUCAAGGGCAAGGUGGCUGAGGAGGACGCCUUCGUGAUGAAGAUCUUCAGCAACGGUUUCGUCGUCCUCGUCCCGCGCUUCGGCAUCGAGGGCCUCAUUCGCCUGCGGGAUCUUGCAGAGCCCGAGCCCGAGAGCGACUUUGACGCCGAGACGUACACGCUGACGACGACGGGCAGCAGGAAUGUCCGGGUGGAGCUCUUCCAGAAGGUCAAGGUUAGAGUCCGCGAUGAGAAGGACGAGCUGACCGGCAAGCGAGGUGUCAAGAUGGAGUUGAUAAGUUCUUAG